CUCCUCUCUCUAAUUGAGUCUUGGGCAGCAGACAGAACUUCUCAUUUGAGCACUCACGGUGAUCUGUCAUCAAGAAUGUCUUCUGUGUUUCCAAGAGAAGUGGAAUUUCUCGUUCUUGAUCACCUGCGGAAUCGCAGGGACGUCGUUCUGCGUUGCUCAAUGGUGUGCAAAGCUUGGCGGAUUGUAUUGUUGUCCACAAUCUUCAAGGCACUGACCGUGCGUAUGGCGUCCAAGUCGAGGAAUAUGGACGCCUUCGUAAAAUUUCUGGAGUACUCUCCGAACGUAGUCUCCGGUACGCAGACCAAUGACGGGUCUUUUGAGGGAGGGAGAGACGACCCGUAUAAAGGUCUGCUUCAAUACGCGCCCCUCAUACCGUUGCAGUUCAUUAAGGAUUAGCGCUCGAAUGCCGGGUGAUCGCCAGGCUUGCCGGAUGAUCGCCAGGCAUGCCGGAUCAAUGCCGGUGGCUGCAAAGUGGCUGAGGACACUUGAUAGAAUUUUACGAGCUACCACCAUGUAUUGUCUACAACCGCCUCAAGAAACAACUUGUUUCUACUGUCCCAACUGCAUGGUUUUGCUCCCAGCAUUUUUAGGUUCACCUGUGCAAGUUCAGACCUCGACUCCUCAGUCAUCGAUCCCACAGAGAGAUCUGUUCUCGCCGCAACUUGUCCAUGGUUUGUUUGGAUCCCCAAGUACCCCUACGGCAACAAAUUAUGCAACGUCAAGUCUUUCAAGUUAUUUAAUUACUCCUACAUCUCUUCAAACAUGUCCCCAUACCUGUGACACCAAGAAAGUCCUCGAAUCAGCAGUUUUGAGACCCGGAAAAUGUUGAUCCAUGCACUCCAACAAAAUUUCCUAUAAAGAAGCGCAGGAGG